AUGAUUAUCGACACCUUUGGAUUCACAAUAUACCUCAUAUCAAGCCUAUUUUUUGCAGUACUAAUACUAAAUAUACUUUUAUAUGAUUUAAUAGUACCAAUACUUACAACGUUGUUUGGGAAUACAACCUCAAAUUUCAAAGAAGGCAUAUUUUCAUUUUUCUGUUCGUUAUGUGAUACUUCUAAAAAAUCAAAUUCCACUCCUAUUUUGGUUUUGUUUUUUACAUUCUGGAAAAAUGCUCUUAAAAUACUCAUACCGAAGUUCUUAGCGAGCUGCUUUACGUUUCAAUCUGUGUUGAAUGAGGGGAAUAUUACAUCUUACGCCGAUGAACAAAAUAAUACUGGAGAUUUGACUAAAAUUUUGGAUGAUUUUGUAUUUAUUCCACAAAAAUAUUGGAUUUUAAUACUCUCAAGUUGUUUAAUUAUGACAAUGUUUUAUAUCUAUUUAGUGCUACCAAUACUUAAUUUCCAAACAUUUAGGCCCACAAAAAUUAACAAGAGUAAUAAUGUGAAUACCGAAACCGAUGAUAAAUGUGAUGAUUUGUUACUGGAUAAUGUUCAUAAUUUUGUAGAUGAAUAUAGUUGUUUAUUGAACAAUAAGGAAUCCCUAGAUAAAGAAAAAAUCGGGGUCGUUGACGUACCAAUACAUAGGGUUUGUGAAAAAUUAUAUCUAUCCCAUAAUACUAAUAAUAAUAUUAUUAAUAGCCAUAUUGAAUGUUAA